AUGAGCAAUUCUCCUCCUUCGUCCUCAAGUUCCGGGAAGGGGCUGUCUAUUCCACGGAAGCUAGCUCUCAAUGCCAUUAAUGAGAUACAAAAUCGUUCCAAUGACUAUCUGCUUAGCAAAAGAGGUGGAAAGGGCCUUGAAGAAGGGCGCAAAAGAGCAGCUCUGGCAGCUGUGAUCUCGACCGUUUCCUCAGUUGGUGCUGAUCGGUUAACAAAAGCAGACUUCGAUGAACUCAGAGAUUUAUCAGAACAGGAAUCUCACGACAAAGUGCAUUUCAUGGACAAACUAACCAACAAGCUGUUAGAUGCAAUCCCGCGACGUUCCGAUGAAUCGAUGGAUGAAUUGAGAAAGCGAUUGGAGGACCGGCAUAGGGUAGAACAGCCAGGGCUCUCUAUAAAGAGGAUCAGCAGAAAUUUCAAGACGUUGAGCUCGAAAAUGGAUCUUGUGUUCAGUCUUCAAUACUCUAUAAUUCACGUCAUAUCCUGGGAUAAGCCCUCUUUGACACUGACAUUUCUGAUUCUCUAUACCUGGGGAUGUCUAAUGCCCUACCUGUUUCUCGUUUAUCCAGUUUUCUACGUUCUGACUGGGGUUCUCAUUCCAAACUAUCUCUAUAGGCAUCCUUUAGCGAAGCCAGAUAUCAUUCCUACUCGUGCGCGCGGCGAUAGCUCAAUAUUUGGGUUUUUGCGAACGGAAAAUGCCUGGGAGUUGGACAGGCAGCGCAUUUUGCUCGAGAGAAGUAGGACACUCGAACGCAUACUGAGCCAGGAGCUGGAAUUGUCCACAAUAAGCUCCAGAACAUCAACAGAUUCCGAAGACGAGGGAAGCUCCAGUCUAUUUUACGAGGUAUUCACAGCAGAUUCUAAAAGCAAUUUGGUGUUCAAGGCUGUUCUUGAGGAAGACGAGGAAACCACUGAGAAAGGGCGAACGGGGGUGGUGGAUAAAGUGAAACUACUGAUCAACAUGAGAGAUUUACAGAACCUCACUUCCGAUAUAAUCAAGAUGAUGACUCGUAUGCAAGAUAGCAUCUACGAGAAUUACAGUUUCAAGGACGAGAAACGAAGUACCAAGCAUUUCUUCAAUCUGAUCGCACUGAUUCUCAUCACAAUAGUUCUUGGGCCCUAUAUUCCAUGGCGAGCAAUAUUCAUUAUCACGGUGUGGGUUCUGAUUCUGUUGAAACAUCCUAACCGUCAACAUAUCCUCAAACAGCUCAAGCCAGCGACGAAACACAAGCUCCCACCGAAACACAGAACUGAAGUCAAACGCAGAGCGUCUAGGCUAGGUGAGUUGAUAGUGGAUGAUCCUCCUCAGUACAGGACCAUCCAAAUUUACCAGAUAGAAAAACAGGACCUCAUCAAGCCUUCUGUCUACGAACUUUACAUGUAUUCAUCAUCGAUUUUCAAUGAGUCUGAUACCCUUAGAAUACAGAAAAAAGACCCAAGGGGACUACCAAUCUCUCACUGGUGCAAGCUCCCAGCUCAAGCUGGAAAUUCACGGAAAAGAAUUGGACAGUGGACGCCGAUCCGGGAUCCUGGUGCCUCGAAAACGGUGUCUUGGAUGAGAUGGAGAUUGACGGAGAGUGGGCAUAUGACAAGUCCGGCGAGUAUCGUCGUUGCCGUCUUGUGCGUGAGGUUGUCAGAUACAGCAGGCCACCAAAAAAGCGAUAGGGGCUCAACUAUGAUUCCUGAACCAGUCCGUCGAAAAGCCGUCUGA